AUGUCGCCACGGCCCCUCUUCCCCCGCCCGGCCCCUCUUCCCCCGCUCGGCCCCUCUUCCCCCGCCCGGCCCCUCUUCCCUCACUCGGCCCCUCUUCCCCCGCCCAGCCCCUCUUCCCCCUGCUCGGCCCCUCUUCCCCCGCCCGGCCCCUCUACCCCCGCCCGGCCUCUCUUCCCCCGCUCGGCCCCUCUUCCCCCGCCCGGCCCCUCUUCCCCCGCUCGGCCCCUCUUCCCCCGCUCGGCCCCUCUUCCCCCGCCCGGCCCCUCUUCCCCCGCCCGGCCCCUCUUCCCCCGCUCGGCCCCUCUUCCCCCGCCCAGCCCCUCUUCCCCCUGCUCGGCCCCUCUUCCCCCGCCCGGCCCCUCUUCCCCCGCCCGGCCUCUCUUCCCCCGCUCGGCCCCUCUUCCCCCGCCCGGCCCCUCUUCCCCCGCUCGGCCCCUCUUCCCCCGCUCGGCCCCUCUUCCCCCGCCCGGCCCCUCUUCCCCCGCUCGGCCCCUCUUCCCCCGCUCGGCCCCUCUUCCCCCGCCCGGCCCCUCUUCCCCCGCCCGGCCCCUCUUCCCCCGCUCGGCCCCUCUUCCCCCGCCCGGCCCCUCUUCCCCCUGCUCGGCCCCUCUUCCCCCGCCCGGCCCCUCUUCCCCCGCCCGGCCCCUCUUCCCCCGCUCGGCCCCUCUUCCCCUGCUCGGCCCCUCUUCCCCCGCCCGGCCCCUCUUCCCCCGCCCGGCCCCUCUUCCCCCGCCCGGCCCCUCUUCCCCCGCUCGGCCCCUCUUCCCCCGCCCGGCCCCUCUUCCCCCACCCGGCCCCUCUUCCCCCGCUCGGCCCCUCUUCCCCCGCCCGGCCCCUCUUCCUCCGCCCGGCCCCUCUUCCCCCUGCUCGGCCCCUCUUCCCCCGCCCGGCCCCUCUACCCCCGCCCGGCCCCUCUUCCCCCGCUCGGCCCCUCUUCCCCCGCUCGGCCCCUCUUCCCCCGCCCGGCCCCUCUUCCCCCGCCCGGCCCCUCUUCCCCCGCCCGGCCCCUCUUCCCCCUGCUCGGCCCCUCUUCCCCCGCCCGGCCCCUCUUCCCCCGCUCGGCCCCUCUUCCCCCGCUCGGCCCCUCUUCCCCUGCCCGGCCCCUCUUCCCCCGCCCGGCCCCUCUUCCCCCGCCCGGCCCAUCUUCCCCCGCCCGGCCCCUCUUCCCCCACUCGGCCCCUCUUCCCCCGCCCGGCCCCUCUUCCCCCGCCCGGCCCCUCUUCCCCCGCCCGGCCCCUCUUCCCCCGCCCGGCCCCUCUUCCCCCACUCAGCCCCUCUUCCCCUGCUCGGCCCAUCUUCCCCCGCUCGGCCACUCUUCCCCCGCCCGGCCCCUCUUCCCCCGCCCGGCCCCUCUUCCCCCGCCCGGCCCCUCUUCCCCCACUCAGCCCCUCUUCCCCCGCCCGGCCCCUCUUCCCCCGCCCGGCCCCUCUUCCACCACUCGGCCCCUCUUCCCCCGCCCGGCCCCUCUUCCCCCGCCCGGCCCCUCUUCUCCCGCCCGGCCCCUCUUCCCCCGCCCGGCCCCUCUUCCCCCACUCAGCCCCUCUUCCCCUGCUCGGCCCAUCUUCCCCCGCUCGGCCACUCUUCCCCCGCCCAGCCCCUCUUCCCCCGCCCGGCCCAUCUUCCCCCGCCCGGCCCCUCUUCCCCCACUCGGCCCCUCUUCCCCCGCCCGGCCCCUCUUCCCCCGCCCGGCCCCUCUUCCCCCGCCCGGCCCCUCUUCCCCCGCCCGGCCCCUCUUCCCCCGCCCGGCCCCUCUUACCCCGCCCGGCCCCUCUUCCCCCGCCCGGCCCCUCUUCCCCCGCCCGGCCCCUCUUCCCCCACUCAGCCCCUCUUCCCCUGCUCGGCCCAUCUUCCCCCGCUCGGCCACUCUUCCCCCGCCCAGCCCCUCUUCCCCCGCCCGGCCCCUCUUCCCCCGCCCGGCCCCUCUUCCCCCACUCAGCCCCUCUUCCCCCGCCCGGCCCCUCUUCCCCCGCCCGGCCCCUCUUCCCCCACUCGGCCCCUCUUCCCCCGCCCGGCCCAUCUUCCCCCGCCCGGCCCCUCUUCCCCCGCCCGGCCCCUCUUCCCCCACUCAGCCCCUCUUCCCCUGCUCGGCCCAUCUUCCCCCGCUCGGCCACUCUUCCCCCGCCCAGCCCCUCUUCCCCCGCCCGGCCCCUCUUCCCCCACUCAACCCCUCUUCCCCCGCCCGGCCCAUCUUCCCCCGCCCGGCCCCUCUUCCCCCACUCGGCCCCUCUUCCCCCGCCCGGCCCCUCUUCCCCCGCCCGGCCCCUCUUCCCCCGCCCGGCCCCUCUUCCCCCGCCCGGCCCCUCUUCCCCCACUCAGCCCCUCUUCCCCUGCUCGGCCCAUCUUCCCCCGCUCGGCCACUCUUCCCCCGCCCAGCCCCUCUUCCCCCGCCCGGCCCAUCUUCCCCCGCCCGGCCCAUCUUCCCCCGCCCAGCCCCUCUUCCCCCACUCGGCCCCUCUUCCCCCGCCCGGCCCCUCUUCCCCCGCUCGGCCCCUCUUCCCCCACUCGGCCCCUCUUCCCCCACUCGGCCCCUCUUCCCCCACUCAGCCCCUCUUCCCCCGCCCGGCCCCUCUUCCCUCACUCGGCCCCUCUUCCCCCGCCCAGCCCCUCUUCCCCCUGCUCGGCCCCUCUUCCCCCGCCCGGCCCCUCUUCCCCCGCCCGGCCCCUCUUCCCCCACUCAGCCCCUCUUCCCCCGCCCGGCCCAUCUUCCCCCGCCCGGCCCCUCUUCCCCCACUCGGCCCCUCUUCCCCCGCCCGGCCCCUCUUCCCCCGCCCGGCCCCUCUUCCCCCGCCCGGCCCCUCUUUCCCCGCCCGGCCACUCUUCCCCCGCCCAGCCCCUCUUCCCCCGCCCGGCCCCUCUUCCCCCACUCAGCCCCUCUUCCCCUGCUCGGCCCAUCUUCCCCCGCUCGGCCACUCUUCCCCCACUCAGCCCCUCUUCCCCCGCCCGGCCCCUCUUCCCCCGCCCGGCCCCUCUUCCCCCACUCGGCCCCUCUUCCCCCGCCCGGCCCAUCUUCCCCCGCCCGGCCCCUCUUCCCCCGCCCGGCCCCUCUUCCCCCACUCAGCCCCUCUUCCCCUGCUCGGCCCAUCUUCCCCCGCUCGGCCACUCUUCCCCCGCCCAGCCCCUCUUCCCCCGCCCGGCCCCUCUUCCCCCGCCCGGCCCCUCUUCCCCCACUCAGCCCCUCUUCCCCCGCCCGGCCCAUCUUCCCCCGCCCGGCCCCUCUUCCCCCACUCGGCCCCUCUUCCCCCGCCCGGCCCCUCUUCCCCCGCCCGGCCCCUCUUCCCCCACUCAGCCCCUCUUCCCCCGCCCGGCCCCUCUUCCCCCGCCCGGCCCCUCUUCCCCCGCUCGGCCCCUCUUCCCCCACUCGGCCCCUCUUCCCCCACUCGGCCCCUCUUCCCCCACUCAGCCCCUCUUCCCCCGCCCGGCCCCUCUUCCCUCACUCGGCCCCUCUUCCCCCGCCCAGCCCCUCUUCCCCCUGCUCGGCCCCUCUUCCCCCGCCCGGCCCCUCUUCCCCCGCCCGGCCCCUCUUCCCCCACUCAGCCCCUCUUCCCCCGCCCGGCCCAUCUUCCCCCGCCCGGCCCCUCUUCCCCCACUCAGCCCCUCUUCCCCCGCCCGGCCCCUCUUCCCCCGCCCGGCCCAUCUUCCCCCGCCCGGCCCCUCUUCCCCCGCCCGGCCCAUCUUCCCCCACUCAGCCCCUCUUCCCCCGCCCGGCCCCUCUUCCCCCGCCCGGCCACUCUUCCCCCGCCCAGCCCCUCUUCCCCCGCCCGGCCCCUCUUCCCCCGCCCGGCCCCUCUUCCCCCACUCAGCCCCUCUUCCCCCGCCCGGCCCAUCUUCCCCCGCCCGGCCCCUCUUCCCCCACUCGGCCCCUCUUCCCCCGCCCGGCCCCUCUUCCCCCGCCCGGCCCCUCUUCCCCCGCCCGGCCCCUCUUCCCCCGCCCGGCCCCUCUUCCCCCGCCCGGCCCCUCUUCCCCCGCCCGGCCCCUCUUCCCCCGCUCGGCCCCUCUUCCCCCACUCGGCCCCUCUUCCCCCACUCGGCCCCUCUUCCCCCACUCAGCCCCUCUUCCCCCGCCCGGCCCCUCUUCCCUCACUCGGCCCCUCUUCCCCCGCCCAGCCCCUCUUCCCCCUGCUCGGCCCCUCUUCCCCCGCCCGGCCCCUCUUCCCCCGCUCGGCCCCUCUUCCCCCGCUCGGCCCCUCUUCCCCUGCCCGGCCCCUCUUCCCCCGCCCGGCCCCUCUUCCCCCGCCCGGCCCAUCUUCCCCCGCCCGGCCCCUCUUCCCCCACUCGGCCCCUCUUCCCCCGCCCGGCCCCUCUUCCCCCGCCCGGCCCCUCUUCCCCCGCCCGGCCCCUCUUCCCCCGCCCGGCCCCUCUUCCCCCACUCAGCCCCUCUUCCCCUGCUCGGCCCAUCUUCCCCCGCUCGGCCACUCUUCCCCCGCCCAGCCCCUCUUCCCCCGCCCGGCCCCUCUUCCCCCACUCAGCCCCUCUUCCCCCGCCCGGCCCCUCUUCCCCCGCCCGGCCCCUCUUCCCCCACUCGGCCCCUCUUCCCCCGCCCGGCCCAUCUUCCCCCGCCCGGCCCCUCUUCCCCCGCCCGGCCCGUCUUCCCCCACUCAGCCCCUCUUCCCCUGCUCGGCCCAUCUUCCCCCGCUCGGCCACUCUUCCCCCGCCCAGCCCCUCUUCCCCCGCCCGGCCCCUCUUCCCCCACUCAGCCCCUCUUCCCCCGCCCGGCCCAUCUUCCCCCGCCCGGCCCCUCUUCCCCCACUCGGCCCCUCUUCCCCCGCCCGGCCCCUCUUCCCCCGCCCGGCCCCUCUUCCCCCGCCCGGCCCCUCUUCCCCCGCCCGGCCCCUCUUCCCCCACUCAGCCCCUCUUCCCCUGCUCGGCCCGUCUUCCCCCGCUCGGCCACUCUUCCCCCGCCCAGCCCCUCUUCCCCCGCCCGGCCCAUCUUCCCCCGCCCGGCCCCUCUUCCCCCACUCGGCCCCUCUUCCCCCGCCCGGCCCCUCUUCCCCCGCUCGGCCCCUCUUCCCCCACUCGGCCCCUCUUCCCCCACUCGGCCCCUCUUCCCCCACUCAGCCCCUCUUCCCCCACUCAGCCCCUCUUCCCCUGCUCGGCCCAUCUUCCCCCGCUCGGCCACUCUUCCCCCGCCCAGCCCCUCUUCCCCCGCCCGGCCCCUCUUCCCCCACUCAGCCCCUCUUCCCCCGCCCGGCCCCUCUUCCCCCGCCCGGCCCCUCUUCCCCCGCCCGGCCACUCUUCCCCCGCCCAGCCCCUCUUCCCCCGCCCGGCCCCUCUUCCCCCACUCAGCCCCUCUUCCCCUGCUCGGCCCAUCUUCCCCCGCUCGGCCACUCUUCCCCCGCCCAGCCCCUCUUCCCCCACUCAGCCCCUCUUCCCCCGCCCGGCCCCUCUUCCCCCGCCCGGCCCCUCUUCCCCCACUCGGCCCCUCUUCCCCCGCCCGGCCCAUCUUCCCCCGCCCGGCCCCUCUUCCCCCGCCCGGCCCCUCUUCCCCCACUCAGCCCCUCUUCCCCUGCUCGGCCCAUCUUCCCCCGCUCGGCCACUCUUCCCCCGCCCAGCCCCUCUUCCCCCGCCCGGCCCCUCUUCCCCCGCCCGGCCCCUCUUCCCCCACUCAGCCCCUCUUCCCCCGCCCGGCCCAUCUUCCCCCGCCCGGCCCCUCUUCCCCCACUCGGCCCCUCUUCCCCCGCCCGGCCCCUCUUCCCCCGCCCGGCCCCUCUUCCCCCACUCGGCCCCUCUUCCCCCACUCGGCCCCUCUUCCCCCACUCAGCCCCUCUUCCCCCGCCCGGCCCCUCUUCCCCCGCCCGGCCCCUCUUCCCCCGCCCGGCCCCUCUUCCCCCGCCCGGCCCCUCUUCCCCCACUCAGCCCCUCUUCCCCUGCUCGGCCCAUCUUCCCCCGCUCGGCCACUCUUCCCCCGCCCAGCCCUUCUUCCCCCGCCCGUCCCAUCUUCCCCCGCCCGGCCCCUCUUCCCCCACUCGGCCCCUCUUCCCCCGCCCGGCCCCUCUUCCCCCGCUCGGCCCCUCUUCCCCCACUCGGCCCCUCUUCCCCCACUCGGCCCCUCUUCCCCCACUCAGCCCCUCUUCCCCCGCCCGGCCCCUCUUCCCUCACUCGGCCCCUCUUCCCCCGCCCAGCCCCUCUUCCCCCUGCUCGGCCCCUCUUCCCCCGCCCGGCCCCUCUUCCCCCGCCCGGCCCCUCUUCCCCCACUCAGCCCCUCUUCCCCCGCCCGGCCCAUCUUCCCCCGCCCGGCCCCUCUUCCCCCACUCAGCCCCUCUGCCCCCGCCCGGCCCCUCUUCCCCCGCCCGGCCCCUCUUCCCCCACUCGGCCCCUCUUCCCCCGCCCGGCCCAUCUUCCCCCGCCCGGCCCCUCUUCCCCCGCCCGGCCCAUCUUCCCCCGCCCGGCCCCUCUUCCCCCACUCGGCCCCUCUUCCCCCGCCCGGCCCCUCUUCCCCCGCCCGGCCCCUCUUCCCCCGCCCGGCCCCUCUUCCCCCGCCCGGCCCCUCUUCCCCCGCUCGGCCCCUCUUCCCCCGCCCGGCCCCUCUUCCCCCGCUCGGCCCCUCUUCCCCCACUCGGCCCCUCUUCCCCCACUCGGCCCCUCUUCCCCCACUCAGCCCCUCUUCCCCCGCCCGGCCCCUCUUCCCUCACUCGGCCCCUCUUCCCCCGCCCAGCCCCUCUUCCCCCUGCUCGGCCCCUCUUCCCCCGCCCGGCCCCUCUUCCCCCGCUCGGCCCCUCUUCCCCCGCUCGGCCCCUCUUCCCCUGCCCGGCCCCUCUUCCCCCGCCCGGCCCCUCUUCCCCCGCCCGGCCCAUCUUCCCCCGCCCGGCCCCUCUUCCCCCACUCGGCCCCUCUUCCCCCGCCCGGCCCCUCUUCCCCCGCCCGGCCCCUCUUCCCCCGCCCGGCCCCUCUUCCCCCACUCAGCCCCUCUUCCCCUGCUCGGCCCAUCUUCCCCCGCUCGGCCACUCUUCCCCCGCCCAGCCCCUCUUCCCCCGCCCGGCCCCUCUUCCCCCGCCCGGCCCCUCUUCCCCCACUCAGCCCCUCUUCCCCCGCCCGGCCCCUCUUCCCCCGCCCGGCCCCUCUUCCCCCACUCGGCCCCUCUUCCCCCGCCCGGCCCAUCUUCCCCCGCCCGGCCCCUCUUCCCCCGCCCGGCCCCUCUUCCCCCACUCAGCCCCUCUUCCCCUGCUCGGCCCAUCUUCCCCCGCUCGGCCACUCUUCCCCCGCCCAGCCCCUCUUCCCCCGCCCGGCCCCUCUUCCCCCGCCCGGCCCCUCUUCCCCCACUCAGCCCCUCUUCCCCCGCCCGGCCCAUCUUCCCCCGCCCGGCCCCUCUUCCCCCACUCGGCCCCUCUUCACCCGCCCGGCCCCUCUUCCCCCGCCCGGCCCCUCUUCCCCCACUCGGCCCCUCUUCCCCCACUCGGCCCCUCUUCCCCCACUCAGCCCCUCUUCCCCCGCCCGGCCCCUCUUCCCCCGCCCGGCCCCUCUUCCCCCGCCCGGCCCCUCUUCCCCCGCCCGGCCCCUCUUCCCCCGCCCGGCCCCUCUUCCCCCACUCAGCCCCUCUUCCCCUGCUCGGCCCAUCUUCCCCCGCUCGGCCACUCUUCCCCCGCCCAGCCCCUCUUCCCCCGCCCGGCCCCUCUUCCCCCGCCCGGCCCCUCUUCCCCCGCUCGGCCCCUCUUCCCCCGCCCGGCCCCUCUUCCCCCGCCCGGCCCCUCUUCCCCCACUCAGCCCCUCUUCCCCCGCCCGGCCCCUCUUCCCCCGCCCGGCCCUCUUCCCCUUCCCGGCCCCUCUUCCCCAACACAUAACCUCAGAUGCUCUUGA